AUGGACAAGGGCAACACCACCUUCUCCCUGGGAAAUUCCUCAACCACAGGAACGAAUGCCAACACCAGUCACUAUCCAGUAGCCAUAACCCCCUGGGAUGUAACCAUCGCCUGCUGUAUUUCAGUUUCUUUCCUGGUGGGGAUAACCAUGAAUGGACUCCUCCUCUGGGUGCUGGGGGUGAAGAUGAAGAGGACAGUGAAUACUCUCUGGUUUUCUCACUUGAUCAUCACCUACUUAAUGUCCACUUCAUUUAUGCCUUUCUUAGUCCCCCACAUCCUCCUCGACUCACACUGGAUCUUUGGCACAGUGAUGUGCAAGAUUCUCAACUUCUUGGGUUCUCUGGGGAUGUUCACUUCAGUCUUUCUGCUCACCAUCAUCAGCCUGGAUCGCUACCUCCUCAUCUGCUACCCCAUCUGGUCCCAGCACAACCGAACACUAUCUCAGGCAAAGAAGCUGAUUGGAGGAGUAUGGCUGGUCUCCCUCACCCUAAGUGCCCCUAAUCUUUCUUUUCGGGAGACCCGAGAGAUGGAGAAAGGCAAGACCGCUUGUGUCAAUAAUUAUGCUCUCUCCAGUGAUUGGGAUGGGGCCACAACACAGGCUCUCCGGUACCGAAUUCACUUGGCUUUGUUUGUUGUCCGAUUCCUGCUGGCCUUCCUACUUCCCUUCAUCACCAUUGUGGGCUGCUGCUCCUGGAUGGGACGGGAAAUGAAGAAGAAAAAGCUGGUGAGGAAUAGGAAGCCGUUCAGAGUGCUGGUGGCAGCUGUGGCAUCGUUCUUCGUCUGCUGGUCCCCCUAUCAUCUCUACAAUGCUUCACUGCUGCUUGGGGCAUCCAGAGUGACAGUAAAAACUCUGCGUGGAAUUUUUGUCAUGGGAAUCUGUCUGAAUAUCUGUUUCACUCCCGUACUCUAUCUUUUUGUUGGGGAGAAAUUCCAGAAAAUCUUCAAGAUAUCCAUUCUCCUUCUACUUCAGAAAAGUUUUAUGGAUGAUCCCAUGAUGUACAUCAGCCAUGCCCACCAUGCUGGUCCCCAGCUGGAGUGA